AUGUCAUCCCAGUUGACUCCAGAGCGGUACACCGCCAUGGACAUUCUCUUCGCCAACACCCCGAAGAAGGAGGAGAAGAAGAAAGAUGAAAUCGUGAUGCCAGGGCUGGAGCCCAAGCUAGAGAUAUCGCAGAUCUCCUUUACCUCCGAGUUUAUCCCUCUUGAGGAUGCCUUUGGAGAUCAGAUUCCAGCCAAAGUUCCGCUGUCAGAGGUAAUUUGGAACGACCACCAAGCCAGUACUUGCAGAAUUACCAGUUCCGUUGAGCUUGACAGCCAGACAGCAGAGCCAGGGCCCUCGAUCAACUAUGAUAUGCUGAACAAGAUGAUAAUCAACGUCCCUAGACGCAUGCCGGACACAUACGUCAAGGCAUUCCAGAUAUUAGCCCUCACCCGCGUACGCUACCUUGCAGCAUACCAAGUCUUCAUGGAAGAAAAGAGAAACACGACCGAUUCCUUUGCGACUGGAAAGAUUCUUUUCGAUAAAAAGCUUCAUAUACACAGAAACCCGACCUUGUACAGCAAGAGCGUCGCAGCGGAGAACGAAGCGGCCCUUAGAAAGAUCUUCACAGAAUGCGCUAAGCUCAAGGAACAGUUUGAAGAAUACAGAAGAAACCUGAUGAGAAGCAUCUAUGAGCUAAUCCGGGUAAAGGGCCUGGCAAUGCCAUACAUUGUCAGGCUCAGGGCAGCAUACUUGGAAGUGCAGAGACAAUGCCAGGAGCAAAAGGAAAGGGAGCGACUCGAGAAAGUGAGGCUGGAGAACGAGAGGAAUGAGAAGAAAAGGCUUGCCAGGGAAAAGACUAGAAGGGAGAACGCUCAAAAGGUUGCUUUGAAAGAAGACGCCGCUACCAAAGCACGAAAGGCCCUCGAAGCCGAGGCUUGGGCCGCCUACCUGGCAAAGAGCAAGAGACAGCGGGAAGAAGACGAAGCUGACCAUAGCCGUGGUGCAAAGAGAGUCAACCUUGGAAACGGAUAUUGA